AUUGCUGCUCUAAAUGGGGUUCGUCGCUUUCAAGAGUGAUUCAUUUAAAAUAUAUAAUAGCAAGAAGAUUAUUUUAUGAAUCACUUCUAAUAAAUUGGUUAACCUCCUACGGGGUAAGCGUGUAAUGGAACAUGCGUACAGAUUCCCAACCGUUACACACACAGUUAUCACAGUGGCGCUGCAUUCGACAGAAGCCUUAAUGGCUGCGGGUUUCUUGAAAUCCGGCGAUUUGGGCCAUCAUCCGCACAGCUAUGGCGGCCCACAUCCACAUCAUUCGGUGCCGCACGGGCCGCUGCCACCAGGAAUGCCAAUGCCAUCGCUAGGACCCUUCGGAUUACCUCACGGUUUAGAAGCUGUUGGGUUCUCCCAAGGUAUGUGGGGUGUGAAUACAAGAAAGCAGCGACGUGAAAGAACCACAUUUACACGCGCCCAAUUGGACGUGUUGGAGGCAUUAUUUGGUAAAACCCGUUAUCCGGACAUAUUUAUGCGAGAGGAAGUGGCGCUGAAAAUCAAUCUACCCGAAUCCAGAGUACAGGUUUGGUUUAAAAAUCGUCGCGCCAAAUGUCGCCAACAACUGCAGCAACAACAGCAAUCCAAUAGCCUUAACAGUUCGAAGAAUGCCAGCUCCGGCUCUGGCUCCUGCUCUACAUCGCGCAACACAUCGAAUAGCGGCAAUAGCAGCAACAACAAUUCCAGCUCAUCAAAUGCCAACAAAUCGAGUUCACACUCCUCGCACUCAACGUCUGGCGGUAGCGGCGGCAAUAAGUCGGGCAACUCAUCAGGCGGCGGCAAUGCGAAUAACUCGAAUAAUGCCGGCGGUUCAUCAGCAGCAGCAGCCGCUGCCGCCGCCGCCGUCGCACAGUCUAUAAAAUCCCAUCACAGUUCCUUCCUAAAUGCAUCCGCCUCGGGUUCAGCGGUAACGCCCACCUCCGGUUCGGUCGUUUCGUCGCACGCACACUCAACACAUCCGCAUCAUAUGUCCGCUGGCGGUGGCAUAAAUUCGUUGGCGUCCGGCCCGUCGGUGGCCACCGUGAACUCGCUGAACGCCUCAGUGGCUGCGCAUCAAAACUCCUCACCACUGUUGCCCACACCCGCCACCUCGGUCAGUCCCGUUAGCAUUGUCUGCAAGAAGGAACACAUCAGCGCUGGCUACCCCGGCGGUCCAGUCGGAAAUGAUGCCUCCUUGCGUUCCACCUACGACACAUUGAAGGAUGGCGGCGGCGAUAUCAGCAGCAGUGCCAUACAUCAUCACAGCAUCUAUGGCACAGCGGCAGCAACGAAUCCACGUUUAGUGCAACCCGGUGGCAAUAUAACACCGAUGGAUUCGAGCUCUAGCAUCACCACACCAUCACCGCCCAUCACACCCAUGUCACCGCAAUCGGCCGCCGCUGCAGCACAUGCCGCACAAAGCGCACAGUCGGCGCAUCACUCGGCCGCCCAUUCGGCGUACAUGCCCAAUCAUGAUUCAUACAAUUUCUGGCAUAACCAAUACCAGCAGUACCCGAACAACUACGCACAGGCGCCGAGCUACUACUCACAAAUGGAGUACUUCAGCAACCAGAAUCAGGUCAACUACAAUAUGGGCCACACCGGCUACAGCGCAUCGAACUUCGGCCUCUCACCUAGUCCCUCCUUCACCGGCACCGUAUCCGCGCAGGCCUUCUCGCAGAACAGCCUGGACUACAUGUCGCCACAAGACAAAUACGUGAAUAUGGUGUAG